AUGACAAGCUUACGGAGGUCCACUCCACGUGAUUUCCCGUCGUGGUUAAAGGUAUAUGGACACAGCCGCGCUGAUGCAGUUAGCAUCGAUCGUCUCAAGGCCAAGUACGUGGGUGAUAGCUUGUCGCCCGCUGACAUGGGGUCCGAAGACAACCAUGUACCACCUGAUGACGAGGCUUCCACCUCAAAUCACGGUCUCCAGUUAGCGUUGCCUGCUACGACUCCGAAAUUGGCCACCGUCUAG